AAAUCAAAAUCAAAAGUUCUCUCUUCUCCUCUUUGAAACCCUAAUUCUAUUCCUCAAAACGUAUCUCUCCGAUCUCUAUUCACAAUCAUCAUACGAUCUAUGCCCCUUUCUUCCAUACUUGUAGUCUUUUUCUCCCUCUAACCUCUCUCUUCGUCUGCUUACGAUUUCUGCAAUCGGUUCUUCGUCGCAGAUCGUACCGAAAAUUCAGAGAUUUGUUUAACACCUGCUGUAUUUCAGGUAAGUUUUUUUCGCUUGUUCAUUUAUUUAUACAUACAGAAUCAUAGACGCAGAGCAGUAUGCGCAUCGGAUCGAUUGAUCUGUAUGUGAUUCGUUGCGGGGUAUGGACAUUUGAAAAUAGGUUGAUUCUUUUUACGUGUGACCGUAGUUCAAUAUAUCAAUCAUCUUUGAAGUACUGCCUAUUUAACUAAAUCGGUCAAUCGUGUUAUGGUUAUAUCGUUUCUUCUAAUUAACCUAGAUAUAGUUAUAUUAUUUGACUAUGUAAACCUGGGAUUUGGGAUCUUCCUUUUGUUAUACGGGUCACUAAAUCGGUCAAUCGUGUUAUGGUUAUAUCGUUUCUUCUAAUUAACCUAGAUAUAGUUAUAUUAUUUGACUAUGUAAACCUGGGAUUUGGGAUCUUUCUUUUGUUAUACGGGUCACUAACAGUCGAUAGGAUCUGUCUUUUGCCGUACGACCACAGUAAUAUAUGUAAUAGCCUAUUAAACCUUCUAGAACUUGGGUACAUGGAACUUUAUCUAAGCUUUUAUCGCAUGCUGAAAAUAUAACCGUCUGUAGGUAGUGCCUCUUUCCAAGAAAGUUAUAUUUGAUUGAUUAAAUUACUCAAUUGCAUGUUAUGGAACUACUUUACAUGCAUAUGAUUGAGAACAGACGUUGGUUUUUGACAAGUCUUUUUCUAUUUUGACAGGAAUUUUUGUUUCUGAAAACAAAGUUGCAGAGUCUACUUUGCAAUGGCAUCUUUGGAUAUGUCCCUUGAUGAUAGGAUAAAAAGCAGGCGCACUACUGAUAGAGGUAGAGGGCGAGGUAAGGCCCGUAGGCGAGGACAAGGAGGGUCAUUUGGUACCGGAAGACCCACAGGGCCACCUCGCAAAGGUCCCCUCAGGGUGAAUGCUCGUCCAUCAGCUUAUACUAUUGCCAAGUCUUUUCGCAGACCCAAGAAUUUGCCAUGGCAGCGUGACUUGUUGGAAGAAAGCCUAAAAGCAGCAGGUCUACCAGGACUGGACAAUGGUGCAAAAUUAUAUGUUUCCAACUUGGACAUAGGAGUCACAAACGAAGAUAUAAGGGAACUGUUUUCUGAGAUUGGGGAGCUGAAAAGAUAUGCAAUUCAUUAUGACAAAAGUGGACGUCCAAAUGGAACAGCUGAAGUAAUGUUUGCUCGAAGAAGUGAUGCUUUUCAAGCGCUCAAUCGUUACAAUAAUGUACAAUUGGAUGGGAAGCCAAUGAAGAUUGAGAUUGUAGGCUCCAAGUCUGAGGUUCCGCUUUCACCUCGUGUGAAUGUGGUUGGAGGAGUAAAUGGACAUAGGACAGUUGUGAUGAUGCCGGGAGGGGGUCGUGGAAGAGGAGCAGCUGCAUUUAAUCGUGCAUCUGGUUAGAGGUGAUCGUUGUUCAACGGGUUUAAUAUAGCAAAACCAAGGUACUUCCCUGGCUAACGAGUUGGGCUUGCCCUAAUCCCUUUAAUCUCUUCAGAGGAAUCUAUUGACUUCCCAUUUUUGUGCAUGUCACUUUGAUCAUCACAAACACUAAACUCACACUUUAACUUUAUAUAAAAAGGUAAUGACGGAUGUUGUGCUAGAUAAUGUGUAGGAUUGGUUCUGAAACAUAUCCUUGCAUAAAGUCAUUGUUGGGGCACUGUAGGCGAUUGUUUGGGCAUCUAGUACCCUCUUUUCUUUUGUUUUGUGUGAUUUCUUCAAUCAAUAGGGGCAAAGUGCAUCAAAUUAAAACAAAGUUUUGGUGUAGUUUCUGUUUAGUGUAACAAAGUAUAAAUUUUUUCUAUUUUAUAUCAAUUUUGAUAGGUAAUCUGCAGAUUUUGUAACAAUUGAUGAUGUGGAUGCUAAUUACGAAAUGUUAAUAGCAAAGGGGAUGAUAAACUUGGCAUUCAUGUCAUCAAAUGUUAAAAGAUUGGUAAAAAUGGGUGCAAAAUAGCAAGUGCUGAAAACAUGGGGUUCACCGUAUUUCAGGAUUUAUCAAGUUGUUAUUUUCAAUCAUAGAGCUGAAAACAUGGGGUUCACUGUAUUUCAGGAUUUAUCAAGUUGUUAUUUUCAAUCAUAGAGCUUGUUUAUGGAAAAUAGAUUCUUUAAUCUUUCUGGACCGUUUACCUGUGAGAUUUACUGAUUGGUUUGAAAUGGUUUGUGCACAUUCUUACAAUCUUGGUAUUGGUUUAUGUGUUGUAGUCAGAGAAGCCGUGGUGGUACAGUAAAUGGACGUGGUGGACGUGGACGUGGACGUGGUGGUCGUGGGCGUGGUCGAGGACGGAA